AUGAGCAAGAUUAUCAAAGUUUCAGUUAUUGUCCCUCAUAAAGAUAUUGUAACAAUAGAAAUAUCGAAAGAUUCUACAGCCGAAGAUGCAAAGAAGAUUCUCAUUGAGCAACAUCAUUUUGAAGAUGGUAAAUACGCUUUUAUUUAUUUAGGCAAUUUUUUGUCAGAAACCAAUACAUUUAAACAUGUUCCUAAUGGAGCAAAGUUGGUUGUAUUCAUAAAAUCACUCGAUAAAGUUCAGAAAGAAGAAGAGGAAGCAAGACUUAAAAAAGAAUCGAUAAUAAAUGCAGAAAAUAAUAUUAAAGAAUUCAUUAAAAUUUCACAAUUGCAACAGUUAUACAACAAUACUGAAAUUUGGGCAAAUUUGCCCGAAAUGGGUCAAGUAAGUCAAUUACUUCAAAAUCCUGCCAAUUUAUACGAAUUUGUAUGCUAUGAUUGUGAUCAUACGAUCUGUCCUGGAAUAGAUCCAAAUGAUAUUUUAUCAAUUAUGCUUACACUUUUAGAUUAUAAUAUAGAAGAACAUUUACCUCCUGUUUCUGACUUCGACAUUGAACUGGAGAGCUUAAACAAGGUCCAGCAAGAUAUAUUUAACUCCGUUUAUUCUUCUUGCCAACAACUUGAAAAACCAGUCGUAUUGGCAAAGCUGAAGGAAGUGGAUUUCAACAAAGAACAGGCUUUGGCUGAAUUGUUUGGCGAAAAAUAA